AUGAUAGUGCACAUUUAUCAAUCCCUCCUCCUUCUGUUUUUAAAGUAUAUUUACAUCAGCACAGAAAUGAGUAAAGCUAAAGCAGUUGGAGCAGCUAAAAUGAGGAGGAACUUCCCGGCCAGCAGAAACACCUGCGUUAAAACUGAAAGUGUAGUAAUCAGAGGAAUGAAGAAUGAAACCCGCAAAAAGGGUUCCACGCAAUUAUUCGUAAAUACCAUCAAUGGGGACAAAAAAAGGAUACUUAAGAAAGUCAAAAAAGAAUGUGGAAGAGGGGGAAUCAAACAGGAGAGGAUGGUGGUUUGCGUCCAUCCUCCAAACGGAAGCGACACGAAAAACAUAAAGGUGAAAAAUCUACCCAGUGGAUCCCCCUUCUUUGUAAUAAAAAACUUCGAACUUAAGUGGAGAAGAAUUAAUGUGACAAAAAAUGAGUUACAGCUAAAGUAUUGCUUCUUGAUUGGACAAGAAUUUUGCUUCAGUGAAGUGUGCAGGGAUACCUACAUCGGGUUGGUGAAUAAAAAAAUUUAUCUUUUUAAGGAAACGGAGGAGGGGAUCUUCUACCAGUGCGUUUAUGAUCCGAGGGGUGGACGGGGCGAUGGAACCGAAGGGGAGGAUGCGCCCCAGGAAAGGCAAAGUGGCAACCCAGACAGUGGAAAAACGAACGAUCUCUACGAGCAAGAUGUAAACGACUUCUUCAACCUACAAUUUCCAUUAAGUAAAAACAUCGAAAUGUGGAAAAAAAAAGACAAAAGGAUGAAGGAAAUUACAGAUAGGAUUAGUGGGUUGAGAAUAUUAAAGGCCGAUUCGGUGGAAUCUUUUUUCUCUUUCCUUUGUUCCACUAAUAAUAAUAUUCCCAGGAUAACGCUAAUGAUAGACUGCCUGAGGAGGCGGUACGGCAGGUUCCUCGCCACAGUCAUGUUUGACGGGAAGAAUGUGCUAGUAAAAUUGAGGGAGGACGGGGAUGCAGGAGGGAUGGCUUUGGAUAAGAAUAAAAAGCACGUUCGAGUCAAAAUGGGUGAAGCACAAUCAGUGAGAGUGAAAGGGGAACCCCCCCAAAAUUGUGACACGGAGGAGGAACAACAAUCCGUUUCCCCACCGAAGAAGGAGCCGCAACUGCGCGUUCUCGUGAAGGAAGAGUACCCACAAAAAGAAGACGAUGAAGACGCCACCUGCGGGGAGAACAGGAUCUUCUACGAGAAUCUAAAGACGUUGAUCAAGGAGGAAAGGGAGAUGAAGGUCUUUCCCUUCUAUGAAUUCCCGAGUGUAGAAGUACUGUCCAAGUUAAAAGAGGAAGAUUUAAGAAACUUAGGGUUCGGGUAUAGAAGUAGCUACGUUAUUGAGAGCGCCAAAAUGUUGGUGAAACGGGGAAGUGAACAAUGGAUUGAAGACCUUAAAAAGGAGAAAAGUACAAAAAGUUGCAUCGACCAGUUAAUACUCUUCCCAGGAAUAGGGCUCAAAGUAGCCAAUUGCAUUUGCCUUUUCGGUUUAAAUAAAUUUGACUGCAUUCCCAUAGACACGCAUAUAUAUGACAUCAUCUACAAGUAUUACCAAAACAUUGUGGAGUCUGAGUGUGCGCCCGUUCCUCGUCGGAGUGCAGCUGAUAAGGGGGCCAACGUGGGGAACGUGACAGACGUGCCUGCAGCAACUCCGAUAAAAGGUAAGAAGAAGGGGCAGACAACCACUAGACAGGCUACACCCACUUCUGUCGACCGCAUGAUCAAACAAGAAAGUGAAAAAGACACAAAGGCAAAUCCUAAACCGCAUUCAAAGCAGCAGAAGAAGGCGCUGACAACCUCUCUCUACAUCAGAUUGUACACAAGGCUGAAGGACUUACUGGGGCCGAACUGCGGGUGGGCACAAACCAUCCUUUUCGCGUCUGAGUUGAAAAAGUUCAGCCACCUGUUUGAGUAG